CACCUGAAAGUUAGGUUCUCUGGAGUCUUUCUUCCUUCCAACUAGUGCCUGGUACAUUAUCUCUGAACCCAGCCAUGAAUUCCCUGGUAGCUCUCGUGCUCCUGGGUCAGAUUAUAGGAUGUACGUUUAGCCAUCACCUGCAGUCGCAAGUAGAUUGCAACGGCGAAGAUGCUGAAAAAUGGGCAGAUAUGGCUGUGCACUACAUCAACGAGCAUAAUCUACAUGGAUACAAAUACACCACCAAUGUAAUCAACGAGAUCCAUGUCCUUCCCCGGAGACCGCAUGGGGUAAUAGUCUUCCUUGAAUUAAAAGUUCUGGAGACACAAUGUCACGUGUUGGAUCCCACUCCUGUCGAGAAUUGUACUGUAAGGCCACAGCAUUACCAUGCUGUUGGAGGUGAUUGUGAUGUCAAGAUACUCCACGAUGAGGGUGUCGACAAAGUGAUUGGUGCGAAAUGCCACUCCGAUCCAGAUUCUGUGGAAGAUGUGCGGCAAAAUUGUUCUAAAUGUCCAAUUCUGUUGUCUCUGAGUGACCCUCACGUGGUAGACUCUGUUGAAUAUGUGCUUAAUAAAUACAAUGAAAAACUUUCCGGCCACGUUUACGAAGUUCUUGAGAUUUCAAGAGGGCAGCACAAAUAUGAGCCUGAAGCUUUCUAUGUGGAGUUUGCUAUUGUGGAGGUUAACUGCACUGCUGAGGAAGCCCACGAUGACCAUCAUCACUGCCAUCCUAAUACAGAUGGAGAAAAUCAUAUUGGAUUCUGCAAAGCAACUGUUUUCAGGUCGCAUGCUAGCCUGGAAAAACCUAAAGAUGAAAUGUUUGAGUCGGACUGUGUCAUAUUUGAUGUCAAGGAGGGACACGCUCACUCCCAUUUGAUUGAGCAUCACGUUGGAAAAUAUAGUACUUCCCCAGGACACAACAGUACUGUCCUCAACCUCGUCCAUUCACACAAUCAUACAAGCGCCUCACACGAGUCUCAUUCUCAUGAACAUGUGAUGGAAGUCCCAGUUGCUGUGGCCAAAAGAGAAGUCCCAAUAGAUGUACCACAUGAUCACACACACCCUGUGAAGCUUUGUCCAGGAAAAGUACAUCACUUCCAGCUGUAGGCCAGCCAUACUAGAGAACAUCAAGAAACCACCCAGUUGGUGCAAACCCGUUUUCCAAAUCUGAACUCAAAGCUUGAAUCCCAAAAGGGUUUACCCUGACACAUUACAGUCUUUGCCAAGUGUUGUGAUCACCCAUGGUUGUUAUAAGAAAGGGGCUUUGUAUUUGUGUCUUUCUGCUUAUACAAAUGCAGAUUCUGAUGCUUACUUAACAUCUUCCUGUCCCUCUCUCUGUUCAGCCAAGGAACCAGAGGAAAGUUGAAGAAAAGUUAUAUUAGUCCCAAAGUCAAAAUUCUUUUUUUUUCUUUUAAAGAGAAAAUGCAUAGCAUUUGACAACAAUACCCCCAAAGUCCCAUCACUUCUAUUCCUUACGAGAUUUGUUUUCCCUAGAAUGUUUCACCAUUCUGCAUUAUUUGACAGGGGCAAUGUUUAACAAAGUCCAAUAUACUGACAGAAAAAAGCAGAGGGUACUUUCUAAAUAAAUUGUUCAAUUCUAAAA